CAAUAUCUGGCGUAUAUUUACCACUUUGUAAAAGAAUGGCGCAAGAACCCAAAGUGGUCAUUGUCCUGCUGCCUGGCCUUGCUAUUGCCACUUAAUCAACUACAAGGAGAGAUACGCGGAUUUACUGAGAAGAACAUAAUGAAGCAGCAACUGCAAACUGGUAACAUCGAGAUGCCAACGAUUGGUAGUACUUUAAGGGAGAGUGGGGCAGUUGAUGUUACUCUUGAAGAACAUGCAGAACGAGAACAAGAGGAGGCAACAACUGACGAGAAAACCAUUGCAAAGGGCGUUUCGACAAUUACAAAGGUGAUCUGUGCUAGUACUUUAAGGGAGAGUGGGGCAGUUAAUAUUGCUCUUGAAGAUUAUACAGAACGAGAACAAGAGGAGGCAACAACUGACGAAAAAACCAUUGCACAGGGCGUUUCGACAAUUACAAAGGUGAUCUGUGCUAGUACUUUAAGGGAGAGUGGGGCAGUUAAUAUUGCUCUUGAAGAUUAUACAGAACGAGAACAAGAGAAGGCAACAACUGCCGAGAAAACCAUUGAACAGGGCGUUCAGACAAUUGUACAGGUGGUUAUUCAUAAACCUCCAAGAGAAACUUACGACACCAAACUCUAA